CUCUCUCACUCAAAUAGUAUUUGAGUUUAUAUUUGUCGUCACUGAGCUUCAGAUCUACAAGAAUGACAACAAGAAGAGUGUCGUUGUGACUUGAGAGAGAGAGAAACCCAUAUAAAACCCCCCGCUAUCAAAGUCUUGGUCUCGGAAACCUUCUGAAUUCGUGACAAUGGUGGUCUCAGAUGCUGAAGGUCCUCAUCUUGGGGAGAUUACUUGUGGUACUUUACUCCAAAAGUUACAGGAAAUCUGGGAUGAAGUUGGUGAGAACGAUGAGCAACGAGACAAGAUGCUUCUUCAGAUUGAGCAAGAGUGUCUUCAUGUUUACAAGCGAAAAGUUGAACAGGCUGCCAAGUCCCGCGCCGAGCUUCUUCAGACCUUAUCAGACGCUAAUGCUGAACUUUCUAGCCUCACUACCUCUCUUGGAGAUAAAAGCUUUGUUAAUGGCAUUCCUGAUAAGUCUUCUGGAACGAUUAAAGAACAGCUUGCUGCUAUAGCACCAGCUCUUGAACAACUGUGGCAACAGAAAGAGGAGAGACUCAGAGAGUUCUCUGAUGUGCAAUCACAGAUUCAAAAGAUAUCUGGAGAGAUUUCUGGUGGUUUGAGCAAUGAGGUUCCUCCCAAAGUUGAUGAAUCUGAUCUGUCUCUCAAGAAUCUAGACUCUUUCCACAGCCAACUCCAGGAGCUCCAGAAAGAGAAGAGUGACAGGCUGCAGAAAGUGCUCGAGUUUGUGAGUACUGUUCAUGAUCUAUGUGCCGUUCUUGGUUUGGAUUUCUUAACCACUGUGACAGAAGUUCAUCCCAGUUUAGAUGAAGAAACAGGUGUCCAGUCUAAGAGCAUUAGCAAUGAGACUCUUUCAAGGUUGGGUAAAACCGUCUUGACUCUUGAAGAUGAUAAGAAGCAAAGACUUCAAAAGCUUCAAGAGCUUGCUACUCAGCUGAUUGAUCUAUGGAACCUGAUGGACACUCCUGAUGAAGAAAGGGAGCUAUUUGAUCAUGUUACUUGUAACAUUUCAGCUUCAGUCGAUGAGGUCACUUCGCCAGGAGCUCUUGCACGUGAUCUGAUCAAGCAGGCUGAGGUGGAAGUGGAUAGACUUGACCAGCUGAAAGCCAGCCGAAUGAAGGAGAUUGCUUUGAAGAAACAGUCUGAGCUAGAGGAGAUAUACGCUCGUGCACACGUUGAGAUAAACCCUGAAUCUGCUCGUGAGAGGAUCAUGUCACUGAUUGAUGGUGGAAACGUUGAACAUACUGAGUUAUUGGCGGAUAUGGAUACUCAGAUAGCUAAGGCUAAAGAAGAAGCGUUUAGUAGAAAGGAUAUAUUGGACCGAGUGGAGAAAUGGAUGUCAGCUUGUGAGGAAGAGAGCUGGCUAGAAGACUACAACCGGGAUCACAACAGGUACAGUGCAAGCAGAGGCGCGCAUUUGAAUCUCAAGAGAGCUGAGAAAGCCAGGAUUCUGGUUAGCAAGAUUCCUGCCAUGGUUGACACAUUGGUUGCCAAGAUCCGAGGUUGGGAAGAGGAACACAGCAUGUCCUUUGCAUACGACGGUGUUCCUCUGCUAGCUAUGUUAGAUGAGUAUGGUAUGCUUAGGCAAGAACGAGAAGAUGAGAAACGGAGGCUGAGAGAGCAAAAGAAGGUUCAAGAACAGCCACACGUAGAGCAAGACUCUGCGUUUAGCACCAGGCCAAGCCCUGCAAGACCCGUCAGUGCUAAGAAACCGGUGGGGGCACGAGCUAACAACGGAGGAGCCAACGGAACACCAAGCCGGCGUUUAUCUUUGAAUGCAAACCAGAACGGAAGCAGGUCUAUUGCAAAAGAAGGAGGGAGAAGGGAGAGUCUUAACAGGCGGGCUGCUCCUACUAACUACGUUGCUAUUUCGAAAGAGGAAGCUGCUUCACCUCCGGUCUCUGGCUCUACAGAUUAAGUUCAAGCUUCACCGUGAAAAUGAGAAAGGAAACGAUCUGUAGUUUUCACUCUGAUUGUGAGUUGUUUUAGGGAGAGAUGGUUCUAAUGUUCUAUGAAACACCUGAGAGAAGACAAAAAGUUUGUAAGUAGAAUGGUGUACUAGAAUGUGUAUGUUUUGUUAGUGUUGUUUGCCAUGGAAUAGUAAAAAGAAUCUUGUUGAGUCUGAC